GCAAACCAGGAACAUCAUUCGUUGUUGGAUAAAUUCCUGCUAAGCACAAUGCUGCAUCGUCACUGGCCACCCUCCUAAAAUGGGGAGAGGAGCAGGAAGGGGAGGUGUGGAGAAGGGCAGCAAGGAUGAUCAAAGUGGCCCUGCAGAUGCCGGAAGGGCUCCUCAUGUUCGCCUGCACCAUCGCGGACAUCAUUGAGCGUUACAGGGCCAACAAAGCUGGAAUACUCUGGGACAUGUCCCUUGGGAUGGUGGUGUCGGCUCUGGCACCACCAGUGAGGACAGAGAGGGAGCUCAAACUCACACCCUCUCUCCUCCUAUCACCAGUUCCCAUCAACUCCACUCAGGGGCUGAAGAUGCUCUAUGUGUUUGUGGACAUAAAGAUCGAUGCAUCCCAUUUCCUUGAGACCAUUCGCUUCAACUUCAUGGCAGGUGCCUCCCUGGCCCUCGUCAGCACCAUCCAGUUUGUCUCCACGCUGCAGGCAGCGUCACAGGAGCUGCGCUCCCAGUACAAGGUGUGUGUGCCCCAGUGUAAGCCACUGUCCCCAGGAGAGAUCCUGGGCUGCACAUCGCCCCGGCUCCCCAAGGACACAGAUGCCAUUGUGUAUUUGGGUGACGGGCGCUUCCACCUGGAGUCCAUCAUGAUUGCCAACCCAGGGAUACCUGCAUACAGGUAUGACCCCUACAGCAAGGUGUUCUCCCAGGAGCACUACAGCCACGAGCGCAUGCACUGCGCUCGGCAGGACGCCAUCCGUGCUGCCACCACUGCCCGCUGCUGGGGGCUCAUCCUGGGCACACUGGGGCGUCAGGGCUCCCCCAAAAUCCUGCAGCACCUGGAGUCACGUCUCCGUGCCCUGGGCUGGCCCUACGUGCGGGUGCUGCUGUCUGAGAUCUUCCCCAGCAAGUUGCAGCUCUUCCCAGAUGUGGAUGCGUGGGUGCAGGUAGCCUGUCCCCGACUCUCCAUUGACUGGGGAGAAGCCUUCAGCAAGCCCCUGCUGACACCCUACGAGGCUGCGGUGGCCCUCCAGGACAUCGAGUGGCAGCAGCCUUAUCCCAUGGACUUCUACGCCAGCCAGUCCCUGGGGCCGUGGACGGCGAACCACGGCGACACACAGCCCCCGCGCCGCGGGCGGCCGGCACAGGUGGGCGGCGGGGGUGUCACCGGGGCAGCGGGUCCCUUCUCUCUCGGUGUCGGGGACGGGCUGGGGGAGCAGCGCCCGGUGCAGUUUGGUGGCCGGUGCCGCGUGCCAAAAGCGCCACCGCGUGGCUUCGUUCCCGGCGAACAGGAACGGGGCCGUUGCCAGCCUGGCUUGCGGGGUCUACCAGAGCCCCCUUCCCAGUAUUUACCGGGCUGA